UUUUCCGAUGUCUCUGUAGCCCUGCAGCCCUGCUGAGCAGUGUGCGUUUCUUUAUUGGCGGUGGACUGUAUUUAAGCAGGGGCGAUUUGCUUUAUGACGGUUCUAUGUAGAUCCUGGGGUCCUCGCGCAUGUAUCUAGAUCUAGAACAAAAGCGGCGUGGUCGCUUCUCAAGACAUUGGAGUUCAGGACUGUUGGUUAGGUGAUCUGAGAAUGAGCCUCGGCUUCAUUGGUUCGGAUCAUCACGGUGAGGGAUGAAGAGGAAAAGCGACAAACGACAACCGGUCGAAUUCUCGCCGACCGCUGCAUUACCUUGCUAAACCCGAUAUCUUCCGGUCGUGUUUCCGCGAAAACUGCACAAGAAGUGCAGCGCAGCGACGAGUUCUGCUUUGGUAGGACGGCAGUGUAGUGACCAUCUUCAUGCUGCAGGAGAGCUAGUGCUAGACCUCCAGAGGACCGACGUUUCUUUCAUCUUGCACGAGGACCUCGACCUUCGUAGUACACCCCUCCUCUCGACGUCCCGAGCGGAGAGAAAAUGCAGACUAGCAGCGGAGAAGAUCCCGUCCGCGUAGAAGAAAUUUCUUCGCGCGUCGAGAGGAAGACAGCACAGGAACGCGAUGGUUAUUUUUCGAACAAUUCGCCGACACCAAGAACAGCAGCAAGAAAUUCUGCCAGCUUGUCGCACCUUUCGCCAUUCGGCUGUUCAGGUAAUCUCUUUCCCGUACGUCGAAAUUAUAAACGGCGAACACGAAUUAAAGCGACACCCCCAGAACCUGAUCGACUAAUUUUUACGCAGUUGCGGAGGAACAACUACUGCAGAAGAAAUUUAGUUGUAGUUCCCCUCAGAAGUAGUAGGCCCUCCCGCGCAACAAAAUCUUUUCGGCGUUUCCGGCGACUGGCUGCAGCGUCUUACUGCCUGAUGUUUCAACUACAUCUCCUCUUCACAACUACUUCGACCUCACCGUUGGCGCAGGAAGAACCACGACGACCACCUCCAGGUGAUGAAAUAAUAACGACAUCAGACGAGGAUGUUCACACUACUCCGGCACAACAAGAAGAAGAUCAGCAUAAUUCAGAAGCAGUUGCAGCAACUGAUGAACAGAAGCUCCCGCAAGAAGAUGAACGUCUACCCGAAAAGGCCCGGCUUCUGCUCCCUUUGGUUGAGAAUUUCUGCAAAUGCGACCAGAACCGCAUCUUUUGGCCUAACUACGUCCACUCGAUGGGCUACCACUGUUGGCGGAGUAUGCGAAAAAUCGCGGACUUCCAUUUUGUGGACGCACAGCAAUUGUUCGUGGAAAAUUUUCGCAACGAACACACGUUUGACGAUGUCGCGAGGUCCUGUCCGGUGGGGGCCCUAAAUCUGGCGACCAUCGUCGGGAGCAUUUAUGGUAUAAAAUGAUCUUUGAUCAUCUUCAUCAUGUUGUACCUCCGUUUUGUGAUGCGGUUUUGCAAGGAAAGGAUACUGCUCUUGUCAUGCUGUUGCUCAACGUCAACAUUCUACUUUUACCGACGUUCUGCCUUCUCGGUGAAAGAAGUUUCUGCCUUAUCUAGCACCCAAAAUCACAUUAGAGGCCCACGACCUAGGAGAGCAGAAUUACGUCGAUUUGCAGAAUUGGCUGGUCUUGUGGAAAGAGUGGGCUCCCGCGGUUAUUGAGUAUGUGGAGUCUUUGGACACCACCGAGCUGGACUGCCGGCAGGUUUGGGACGCGCUGUAUGGUCAUGCGGCGACGAGGAGAGCAGGUUCUUCAUCUUCGACCGAGAACGGUGUUGUUGAAAGCGGACGAGAACAAGAAUCUUUUUCAGGUGGAGAAGAGCACCACGACCAAACAACUUCCAGCACCGCCAACUACGACGACAGCACCGGGUUGGGGGAGGUCUUGGAACAGAACGGCGAUAAUAUGUUAGGAUCUACAACUUCCGCGGUAAUAUCACAAGUGCCCGCUGCAGCAGAGGUCGAUGUAUCUGGAGAGCAGAGAAUGGAGCAGACCACAGGCGAAGUAGUAGAGCACCAGUCAUCUUCACACGGGGUUGAUACUGCAUCCGAAUCCUCGACGCGGCCAUCUUCAUCUUCUCGGGAGCCCCAGGUCGUCGACACGGGAGGUCACGAAUCAGAACGAGAAAUAAAUCUUCCCGAAGAGGACGAGUUUCUGCCCUUUAUUUUCGAUGUCCCGCGGUUCAUAUCAAAUGCAAAAAGGUCUGGGUCUGGGAGAUUCCGAGACUUGUCAUGCAUAUUGUGCAUGACCCAGGAUGUCUGUAAUGCACGACGUAGCAUCGCAGAUUUUUAGAGGGCUUUCUGAUGCCUUCUCCGCAUGACAAACGUCCUCCCCGCGUAGCACAAACUAGACUCCUCUUGCUGGUCAUGCAAUACAAUUUUUUUUAGCGUCCAUAGUUAGCAUCACAAGUUCUUACCUUCCAGACCCAGACAUAUUUGCAUUUGAUAGUUCACUAACAUGGUGAAGCGGAUGUACCGGAAACUGAACGCGUGGCAGAGGCUGUUGUAUGGUGACGGGGAAGACACGCUGACAAAACGGGAGGAGUUGAAGUAUGAAGAGUACAUAAUGUCGGAAGCGGAAGCUGCAACACCUGAAAUAAACGCGGAACAAAUAAGUGGAACGACUACGCAGCAGGCCGAAGAUCAUCUUGAUGAGGAAACAAACGAAAGAACAACUUCUGAUGCGGAAAUGAAUGAUGCAAAUAGCGACAAAAAAUCCACCUCCUCCCUCUCCCUCUGCAUGGUGUACGGGAACGGGGCGAGAACGUUCGAGCACACCUUGCGGACGUACAAGGAAAUGGGGCUUCUGGACAUGGUAUCAAAUGCAAAAGUGUCUGGGUCUGGAAGAUUUUGAGAUUUGUCAUGCUUGUCUGACAUGACUCAAGAAUCUGUGAUGCAUGGGCACGAAGCGGUCCUCUUUUCUGUCAUGCAAACACGCAGUUUGCCAUGCGGGACACGCAACACAUAGGAGCCCAAAAAUUUUGUCAUGCUUGGCUCCGUAUUGCAGUGGAACUCUCGUUCACUUUUAGCAUCACAAGUUUCCAGACCCAGACGUUUUUACAUUUGAUACAUGGCACGGGAAAAAUACUUGAUGUUUCUGGAGGAUGCGGAUGAGUUUGUGGACGAGGAAUACGAGGUAUGCAAGAGAAAAACUGUGUAAGUGUAAGUCUGUGAUGCAAAGUGUGCAACACUGUUACACUUGUCAUGCUAGCCAACCAUGAAGUCGUACUUCAUUUGUGUUUUCACUUACUAGCUGCGCAUGACAGGCUUUGUCUGUCAUGCAGAACAGAUUUGUCAUGCUGUCACGUCAAGACACCUACACGAACACAGUUUUUUUCUUGGAUACGACGUCGAGGUCGAAGAAGAUGAUGAACCAGCAGAAGAGACUACAAGCCACCAGCAGCCCAAGGUAGAAGAGGACGCGCAAAGUACUAGAAGUACAGCGGAGGGUGUAGAAGUACCAGGAGAGGAGCAAAUGAAUUCAGGCGAGGCCGCUGGAGAUCAAGAAGGGCAACAAAACCAUGGUCAACAUCAAAGUGGUGAACUUUCUUCCGGUACUCUUCCUCCUCCUGUUCGGCGGCGCACAAAACUACUUACCCGACGAAUACGCAAUCCGGAGCUAAAGUGGCGCGAGCACAUUUUGAGAAAGUACAAUUUAAAACAGCUUCCCAUCCACGAUUACAAGUGGCCGGAGACGCAUAUCAAGAUCUCCCGUACCACGUAUAUGCGAACCGGGAAGGCCUUUGCCUCCUGCGCGAUGCGCAGCACGAGAUCGGAGUUCAUUCUGUUCUUAGAGGAUGAUUGGGAAAUCAUUUCGAGGCCGAAAUCGCUGGUGAAAUUCAGGUUGAAAGAAGCGAUGGAACUGCUUGCAGAAGAUGAAAACGACGACGAACAGGAGAGUGCUGCUAGUACCUCUUCUGUGGCAUCAAGCGACAGUACCAGCAGCACAAGCAACAGCGGCGCAAGAACUACAACAUCUACUGCUCGCAUAAACAGACCGAGAGUGGACAUGGUGCACCUGCGGCAUAAACUUUUCUACGGCGUAUGCAUUGCAAAUAUGUCUGGGUCUGGAAAAGUGGAACCUGUAUUGCGUGGCUUGGAUUCCUGUAAAAUCUGUAUUGCAUGACCAGGAAAAGGAGCCUCCUUUUGUCAUGCAAAAGCGCAGUUUCUCAUGCGCACUAUGCAUGAGGAAGUGUCCGAAAAAUUUGUCAUGCUUGGUCGCACUCAGGAGUAUGUUCAAUCAUCGCCACCCAGCAUCACAAGUUUCCAGGCCCAGACACUUUUGCAAGUGAUAUGGCCCGCCGUAUUACGAACUACUUACCUCCGUCCAGCACAACGAACCGCCUCCCAUGUCUCUGGCACUGUACUUCGAUUUGACAAUAUCCAAGAAAAAAACCUUGUUAGUGUAAAUUUGUGACGCGCAACAUGCAAGAUGAUUGCGUCUGUCAUGCUUGGCAUGCAUCGCAGGGUCCAUUAAAGGGUGUUUUCCCGUACUAUCUGCGCGUGACAGGUUUUUGCUGUCAUGCCACACAAAUUUGUAAUGCUUUUCCUCCAGAAAAGUUACACCUACAAUGUUUUUUUCUUGGAUAGACAAGUGAGAAUGAGGAACAAGAGGGUGAUAAUGUUGAGCAAGAGGGUUCAUCCUUCCCUCACGCGUAUUACUCCCCGCCCUUCCGAGAACACCCUUUUUGCGAUAA